GCGCUCGCGCUCUAGCCUGAGUCCUCGGGACCCCAAGAGAGUGUAGGUCGCGCAGGACGCUACCUGGCAGAACAGAAAGCUCAGAUUGCGUCCCUCAGCCGGGAUAACUUGGCUAGCCAGUGUCCACAGAUACCGCUGCAGUUGUGGCCGGAGCCAGUGAGUCCCUGCCCCGCGCUCUCCCCGGUCCUGCGCUGCGGGGCGCGUAUCGCUUCUUUGCGGGUCCAGGGAUCGAGAAAGAGUUCGUGCUUGAGAACUGGGCUCUGUGCCCAGCGCGAGGUGCAGGAUGGAGAGCAAAGCGCUGCUAGCUGUCGCUCUGUGGCUCUUCGUGGAGACCCAGGCCGCCUCUGUGGUUUUGCCGGGCGAUUCUCUCCAUCCGCCGAAGCUCAGCACACAAAAGGACGUACUCACAAUCUUGGCAAAUAGAACCCUUCAGAUUACUUGCAGGGGAGAGAGGGACCUGGAUUGGCUUUGGCCCAACAACCAGCGUGUUUCUGGGGAAAGGGUGUUGGUGACUGAGUGCAGCGACAGUAUCUUCUGCAAGACACUCACAGUUCCAAAAAUGGUCGGAAACGAUACCGGAGCCUACAAGUGCCUCUACCGGGAUGUCAACCUGGCCUCCGUUGUUUACGUCUACGUUCAAGAUUACAGAUCACCAUUCAUCGCCUCUGUCAGUGAUCAGCAUGACAUCGUGUACAUCACCGACAACAAAAACAAGUCCGUUGUGGUUCCGUGCCGAGGGUCGAUUUCAAAUCUCAACGUGUCCCUCUGUGCAAGAUAUCCGGAAAGGAGGUUUGUCCCGGAUGGAAACAGAAUCUCCUGGGACAGUGAGACAGGCUUUACUAUCCCCAGUUACAUGAUCAGCUACGCCGGUGUAGUCUUCUGCGAGGCAAAGAUCAAUGAUGAAACCUAUCAGUCUAUCAUGUACAUAGUUGUGGUUGUAGGAUAUAAGAUUUAUGAUGUGAUGCUGAGCCCCCCUCAUAGAAUCGAGCUAUCUGCGGGAGAGAAGCUUGUCUUAAAUUGUACAGCAACAACUGAGCUCAACGUGGGGCUUCAUUUCAACUGGCAGGUCCCUUCUUUGAAGCAUCACCACAACAAGAUUAUAAACAGGGACGUGAAGCCCCUUCCUGGGAUUGACUCGAAGAAAUUUUUGAGCACCUUGAUAAUAGAUAGUGUGACCAGGAAUGACCAAGGGCUAUACAUCUGCAUAGCAUCCAGUGGGAAGAUGACCAAGAAAAACAGCACAUUUGUCCAAGUUCAUACAAAACCGUUUAUUGCUUUUGAUAGCAGUAUGGAAUCCUUGGUGGAAGUCACAGUGGGCAGCCAAGUCCGAAUCCCUGUCAAGCAUCUUAGUUACCCGGCUCCUGAUAUCAAAUGGUACAGAAAUGGAAGACCCAUUGAGUCCAAUUACACAAUGAUAGUGGGCGACGAGCUCACAAUCAUGGAAGUGAGUGAACGAGAUGCAGGAAACUACACAAUUGUCCUUACCAAUCCCAUUUCAAUGGAGAAACAGAGUCACGUGGUUUCUCUGGUCGUGAAUGUCCCACCCCAGAUUGGGGAGAAAGCCUUGAUCUCUCCCACGGAUUUCUACCAGUAUGGUACCAUGCAGACGCUGACGUGUACAGUGUACGCCAACCCUCCCCUGCACCACAUCCACUGGUACUGGCAGUUAGAAGAGGCGUGCUCCUACAAGCCCAGCCAAACAAACUCAUAUACUUGUAAAGAAUGGAGGCAUGUGAAGGAUUUCCAGGGUGGAAAUAAGAUCGAAGUCACCAAAAACCAAUAUGCCCUAAUUGAAGGGAAAAACAAAACUGUAAGCACUCUGGUCAUCCAAGCCGCCAAUGUGUCAGCACUGUACAAAUGUGAAGCCGUCAAUAGAGCUGGGCGGGGAGAGAGAGUGAUCUCCUUCCAUGUGAUCAAGGGUCCAGAAAUUACUGUGCAACCUGCUUCCCAGCCAACUGAGCAGGAGAAUGUGUCUCUGUUGUGCACUGCAGAUAGAAAUACAUUUGAGAACCUCACAUGGUACAAGCUUGGCUCACGGGCAACAUCGGUCCACAUGGGCGAACCACUCACACCAGUUUGCAAGAACUUGGAUGCUCUUUGGAAAAUGAAUGCCACCAUGUUUUCUAAUAGCACAAGUGACAUCUUGGUUGUAGCAUUCCAGAAUGCAUCCCUGCAGGACCAAGGAGACUAUGUCUGUUCUGCUCAAGACAGAAAGACCAAGAAAAGACAUUGCCUAGUCAAACAGCUCAUCAUUCUAGAGCGCAUGGCACCCAUGAUCCUGGGAAAUCUGGAGAAUCAGACGACAAUGAUUGGUGAAACCAUUGAAGUUGCGUGCCCGGCAUCUGGAAACCCUACUCCACACAUUACGUGGUUCAAAGACAAUGAGACACUCGUGGAAGAUUCAGGCAUUGUACUGAAAGAUGGGAACCGGAAUCUAACCAUCCGAAGGGUGAGGAAGGAGGAUGAAGGCCUCUACACCUGCCAGGCCUGCAAUGUCCUGGGCUGUGCCAGGGCGGAGACACUCUUCAUAAUAGAAGGUGCGCAGGAAAAGACCAACCUGGAAGUCAUCAUUCUUGUGGGCACUGCCGUGAUUGCCAUGUUCUUCUGGCUGCUUCUUGUCAUUGUUCUGCGGACCGUUAAGCGGGCCAAUGAAGGGGAACUGAAGACGGGCUACUUGUCCAUUGUCAUGGAUCCAGAUGAACUGCCCUUGGAUGAGCGCUGUGAACGCUUGCCUUAUGAUGCCAGCAAAUGGGAGUUCCCCAGGGACCGGCUGAAACUAGGGAAGCCUCUUGGCCGUGGUGCCUUUGGCCAAGUGAUUGAGGCAGAUGCCUUUGGAAUUGACAAGACAGCAACCUGCAAAACAGUGGCCGUCAAAAUGUUGAAAGAAGGAGCAACACACAGCGAGCACCGAGCCCUCAUGUCUGAGCUCAAGAUCCUCAUCCACAUUGGCCACCAUCUCAAUGUGGUCAACCUUCUGGGCGCCUGCACCAAGCCAGGAGGGCCUCUCAUGGUGAUUGUGGAAUUCUGCAAGUUUGGAAACCUAUCGACUUACUUACGGGGCAAGAGAAAUGAAUUUGUUCCCUAUAAGAGUAAAGGUGCGCGGUUCCGCCAGGGGAAGGACUACGUCGGGGAGCUCUCUGUGGAUCUGAAGCGUCGCUUGGACAGCAUCACCAGCAGCCAGAGCUCUGCCAGCUCGGGAUUUGUCGAGGAGAAAUCCCUCAGUGAUGUGGAGGAAGAAGAAGCUUCUGAAGACUUGUACAAGGACUUCCUGACCUUGGAGCAUCUCAUCUGCUACAGCUUCCAAGUGGCUAAGGGCAUGGAGUUCCUGGCAUCAAGGAAGUGCAUCCACCGGGACCUGGCAGCGCGGAACAUUCUCCUCUCAGAGAAGAAUGUGGUGAAAAUCUGUGACUUUGGCCUGGCCCGGGAUAUUUAUAAAGACCCGGAUUAUGUCAGGAAAGGAGAUGCCCGACUCCCUUUGAAGUGGAUGGCCCCAGAAACGAUUUUUGACAGAGUAUACACAAUUCAGAGCGAUGUGUGGUCUUUCGGCGUUUUGCUCUGGGAAAUAUUUUCUUUAGGUGCUUCCCCGUAUCCUGGGGUCAAGAUUGACGAAGACUUCUGUAGGAGACUGAAAGAAGGAACUAGAAUGCGGGCUCCUGACUACACCACCCCAGAAAUGUACCAGACCAUGUUGGACUGCUGGCAUGAGGACCCCAAUCAGAGACCCUCGUUCUCAGAGUUGGUGGAACAUUUGGGAAAUCUCCUGCAAGCGAAUGCUCAACAGGAUGGCAAAGACUACAUUGUUCUUCCAAUGUCAGAGACACUGAGCAUGGAAGAGGACUCUGGACUCUCCCUGCCCACCUCACCUGUUUCCUGUAUGGAGGAAGAGGAAGUGUGCGACCCCAAAUUCCAUUAUGACAACACAGCAGGAAUCAGUCAGUAUCUGCAGAACUGCAAGCGAAAGAGCCGGCCAGUGAGUGUGAAAACAUUUGAAGAUAUCCCACUGGAAGAACCAGAAGUAAAAGUAAUCCCAGAUGACAGCCAGACAGACAGUGGUAUGGUCCUGGCAUCAGAAGAGCUGAAAACCCUGGAAGACAGGAAUAAAUUAUCUCCAUCUUUUGGUGGGAUGAUGCCCGGCAAGAGCAGAGAGUCUGUGGCCUCGGAAGGCUCCAACCAGACCAGCGGCUACCAGUCUGGGUACCACUCCGAUGACACCGACACCACUGUGUACUCCAGCGAGGAGGCGGAGCUUUUAAAACUGAUGGAGGCUGCAGACCACACCGACUCUGGGACCGCGUUGUGCUCACCUCCCGUUUAAAAGGAGGUGCUCUCACCCCGCUCCCUAACUCCCGGGAAUCACGUGAGAGGUGCUGCUUAGAUUUUCAAGUGCUGUUCUUUCUCCCACCUGGAAGUAGCCGCAUUUGAUUUUCAUUUCAGAGGAAGGACCUCAGACUGCAAGGAGCUAGUCCUCCGGGCAUCUCCCAAGAAGAUGGCCCAUGACCCAAGAAUGUGUUGACUGUUCUCUCUUUUCCAUUCAUUUUAAAUUGUGUAUAAUGUGCCCUGCUGUGAGUCUCACAAUCAGCUGAAACAAAAGACAUUCAGACAAUGACUCUAUGCUCCAAGAAGUAGCCAUACCAGGGCAAUGGACCCCUCUGUAAAAUUGGGUGAAAUGGGCAAUGGUAGGACUUUGUGUGUUGAAGAUGGGUGAGACGCCUAAGGACUGAGUCUACCUAAAUGGCUUCGUUGAGGAUGUGGGCUCUGAGCCAAGUGUUAAGUGUGGGCUGUGGACUGGUAGGAAGGAAGGCGCAAGCUUGCCUGGAGAGCGGCUGGAGCCUGCGGAUGCAUUGUGCUGGCUCUGGCGGAGGCGGGCAUGUGGGCUGUCAGGAAACGCAAAGGCGACCGGCAAGGUUUCUGGUUUUAGAAGGUUGCAUGCUCUCUGCAGUUGGGCUACAGGCGAGUUCCCUGUGCUGUUUCCUCCUCCUAAUGAGAGUUCCUUCCGGACUCUUACGUGUCUCCUGGCCUGGCCCCAGGAAGGAAAUGAUGCAGCUUGCUCCUCAUCUCCCAGGCUGUGCCUUGAUUCGGAACACCGAAAGAGAGGACAUUCGGGAGAGGCUCCCUUUCUUGUGGAAGCGCACAACGCGACUCAGGGUUCUGCUGGAUGGACACCCACAUGUCUGCCCUGGUGGCAGUGUCUGGGGCCACGGACCGAGGGUUCUAUGUCAAGUUGUGGUGGUAACGGCUCAGACAGGAUGUACCUACUUGUUCUCCCUUCAAACCCACUCCACUCUCACACCCCAGGAUUUUAGCUUUGUGGCCUCUUUCUGGCAGAAACGCUGAACUGGUUUGUUCACUCUCCAGAUAAAUAAACACUAGCCAGAUUUCAAAAUUACCUUAUAGCCAAGGUUAUAGCCACAUCUACUGUAUCACUUAGAGUUUUAACAGAGAAAGCUGUGUCCACUGGCUUUUGCCCCUGUGCCUGCGUUUUUCAGAAAAGAAGCUGUCCUUUCUUUCCAUCUGGUACCAUAGUGUGAAAGCUGGGAACAAUGGCUGUAGAACAUGCUAUGGACGCAUAUUUAUAGUCUGUUAUGUAGAACAAAUGUAAUAUAUUAAAACUUUAUAUUAUAUAUAAUGAACUUUGUACUAUUCACGUUUUGUAUCAGUAUUAUGUAGCAUGACAAAGGUUAUGAUGCUUUCAUUUGCUAAUGUUGUUUUAUUAAAAACAUGGAGAAGCUCGAAGGAAUCCUUUCCCAGGGGAUAUGCAGCUAUGCCUGUCAUUUCUCUCUCCUCGAACAGAGUGGGGGGGGCAGCAGAUAAAAUGUGAGUGUGUUCUCUAUUCUUAUAAAAUUGACUAUUUUCAUCAAAUGUUUAUAAUGCUUUAUAAACCAAUAAAUGUAUUCCGAGUAAAAAGA